AAUCCAUCGCCGCCGCGAGCGCGUGCUCGAGAACCUAAACAGCUUGCUUCCCACGCCUUUUCGCUUCGGGAUUUCCUAUCUUUUAUCGCGCACGCCAAACACCUUCCAUGUUCCAAACUUGCAAUCUCCCCAACUUUUCCUCUCCACAUCAACCUAUAUAUAUACGCUCACCCGCCACAAAAAAGGAACUCGUCAACAAUUCAGCUUGGACACAACCGAGUUCCAUCAGCAACAGAAGCCACCACAAUCCCAAUUCCCAAGACAGAUUACACAAGAGAAGACGACGAUGGCCGUGAGCAAGCAAUGGACGCGGGUGUGCACGCUCGGCCGCGGCGCCUCGGGGGCCGAGGUCUUCCUGGCCGCCGACGACGCCUCCGGGGAGCUCUUCGCGGUCAAGUCCGCCGUGGGGGCGGCUUGCGCGGCGGCUCUCAGGAGGGAGCAGAGGGUGAUGGCCGGCCUGAGCUCCCCGCGCGUCGUCUCCUGCAUCGGCGGCCGCGGCGCCCGCGACGGCUCCUACCAGCUCUUCCUCGAGUUCGCCCCCGGCGGCUCGCUGGCGGAGCAGGUGGCGAGCAGCGGUGGCCUCGACGAGCGUGCCGUCCGCGGCUACGCGGCCGAUGUGGCGGCCGCGCUCGCGUACCUCCACGGCGCUGGGAUGGUGCACGGGGACGUCAAGGCGAGGAACGUCGUGAUCGGCGCCGACGGCCGCGCCAAGCUCGCGGAUUUCGGGUGCUCGAGGAAGGCGGCCGCUGGCGGGCCGAUCAUCGGCGGGACGCCAGCGUUCAUGGCGCCGGAGGUGGCGCGUGGCGAGGAGCAGGGCCCCGCGGCCGACGUCUGGGCGCUCGGCUGCAUGGUUGUCGAGAUGGCCACUGGACGCGCCCCGUGGAGCGGCAUGGACGGCGACGCGCUCGCGGCGCUGCACCGGAUUGGCUACACGGAGGCCGUUCCCGAGGUGCCCCAAUGGUUGUCCGCUGAGGCUAAAGACUUCUUGGCCAAAUGCCUUGUCAGGCAGACCAGCGAGCGUUGCACGGCGGCGCAGCUCGUGGAGCACCCGUUCUUGGCCUCCGCCGACAUCGGCGCGAAGCCAGAAGCCGUGAAGAGCAAGUGGGUGUCGCCCAAGAGCACGCUGGACGCGGCAUUCUGGGAGUCGGAGUCCGACACCGAGGAGGCGGAGCACGACAGCGCGGCCGAGAGGAGGAUCAGAGCAUUGUUCUGCCCUGCGUCGGCGCUCCCGGACUGGGACUCGGACGAGGGCUGGAUCGACGUGCUCUCCGGGCCAACGGAAGGAGCGGACGCAGUUGCCGUGCCGGCCAAGGUGACGACUGGCAUCAUCGUGGACGACGCGAUCACCAGUGAAGAAGAGUCACUCGACGCAGAGUCUGGCGCUGUCGACAUUACUGUGGACGUGGAGCACAACAGCGUGCUCAACGCAGGACAAGAAGCAAACGAUGAUGAUGAUUCAGCAGUAGUAGGGCACUGUAGGCACCAGCCUUUGGAGAUUAUAGCUUCUCACCAAUUAGUGUCGUGUAAAUUGUUACUGUUAUGUAGCGACAGAAUCAGUAAUACAAUCGAUUUCGUUCAUCAUGCCAAAGCACUCUGCUUCGCAAGCGCUGCUCCUCUGUUUCUCUGCUCAUACUCGUGCUCCCCAUUGCGACACGAUUGGUCGGCAAAUUCCGAGAAAAAAUUAGGUCGCAACUAA